CUUUAGAUCAUCGGCCCUAGGGUGGAGAUGCUCGCCUUCAAGCCCUCGGCCUGAUGGUCUUCUUUAGAUCCUCGUCCUCUGGGGUGGAGAUGCUCGUCUUCAAGCCCUCGGCCUGAUGGUCUUCUUUAGAUCUUCGGCCUCUGGGGUGGAGAUGCUCGUCACUAAGCCCUCGGCCUCUGGGGUGGAGAUGCUCGUCUCCAAGCCUUAGGCGUGCUGGUGAAAGACGUUAGUCUUUGGGCCCUCGGCCUCCGGGUGGAGAAGUUCAUCUCUAGGCCCUUGGCACCAAGGUUCAUUCUGAGCAUCAUCUGUUAUCGGUUGUUCUGAUUAUUAUCUUUAUCUCCACAAUGAGCAUAGUAAUGCAGCCAAAUGGAUGGACAAUAUGUAUAUGUGUACACCUCUUUUUUUUGUAAGUCGGUUUGGGGCUCUUCCGGGUGUGACGGUCGGCCUCGGGGUACUGAUAUCCGUUAUAUUUACUUGUGUUUAACAUAAGUAUUUAUAAGUAUUUGUUGAAGAAAAGAAGAGAAAUCGGGCAAAUACCUCCAGAAUGAGAGCUUGAUCAUAAAACAUUGCGAUGAACGACUUUUUGGACCAAGAGAAUGACGUUCUGCCCAUAAUUUGAGUAUAACGUAUUCUAUAGAACUCGAAAUCACUCGAUUCGAGUUUCAUGUGAAUGCUAACUCAAUAAGGUACAAAUGUUAUGAAGACGUCAUGACCAAAAUACGAAAGGAACAAGACUCAAUCAACCAACAAAGUCAGAUGUUGCUGGUGGGAUUUCAGGAUGCAUACCUCUCAGUGUUUUAUCCAUAUCUCUUGAUUGGCUGAAUAAAAUCAUGUCAUUCAAGUUUUGUUGGAUAGAAGACUUCAUUAUCUACAACUUUGGUGAAGGAAUCAUGUCCAAAUUCGUAGCGGAACAUCCCCAAAAUCCCAGGACAAAACCGGCACCGGAAUUUGCACCAAACCGGCGCCCGUUUGUUGAUUUUCACAUGUACACAAACCAGUAGCUUACCCGGCGCCGGGUAGGCCUUAUACCCGGCGCCGGGUAGGCCAAAUUUUCAGAUUUCCCUGCGCACAAUGAAGAACCGGCGCCGGGUAGGCCUGAACCCGGCGCCGGGUAGGUCUGAUCCUGCAAAUACAAAAGAACGUGCUGAAAUAUUUUGAUGGAAAAAACUCACCUUCCUCAUGAGCUAAUCAAAUAUAUCUUCCAUGCUUGAUUGUUGGGCUCGAAUAGACUAAUAUAUGUCAAUCUUUAGCCUAUAUAAAGCCCCCAAUUCAUCAAACAAGAGCAUCAUUCCAUCUUUGGAGCUAAAAAUUCAGUUUUUAUAUUUCCUUUUUACAUUUUCUUGAAGUGUUGGAGAAGAAGCCAUUUCUCUCCUCUACAAUUGGUUCUAGGUAUUAUUUCUUGUAUGUUAUUGUAUUUCCUUUAUCUUAGUUACACUUUUGUAAUUAAUAUGAGCAUUAGAGGCUAAGUUCUUAGCUAAGGCUAGGGAUGAACUUCUAUGCCCACUAGGUGUUUGAUAAAAGUUCUAAACCAAUAAAUUGUGAUUUAUCCUUUACAUUUUGAUUGUUUAUGACUAUGGUGUACAACAUAGAAGUAUGUUAAACUUAGUUUAUGCUUGCAAUUAACGUUGAGGUCUAAACUAUGAGCAUUAAAGGAUAAACAUAUAUAUUACCGAGAAUAGAAAUAUAUCCGGUAUUAUAUGAUACGGGUGUGAUGUCUUGAUAUUCAACGGGGUUUUCGGUAGAUGAGUGUAAGCCGUAACGGGACUUACACGUAACAAAAACCACGCUCUCGCUGCCUUAACCGGAGUUGAGAAUAUAUUAGCGACAUCGUAUUCAUAAUUUUUGGUAAAGAACUAAUAUUCAACCCUAUUAAAGCAUUUAAGUGAUUCCCGAAGCCUUAGUUGUUGUUAUCAAUCACUUUAAUCAAAUUAAUUUAAGUUAUAUCUCUGAAAAUUAAAAAGAAGAAUCAAGUUGUUGUUUUCACAACAACACACAACUCAAAAUCCCUGCACUUUACUCAUUUAUUUAUUUAAAGUUAUCUACUCUCGGACUAAAUUAAACAACGUUUCCCUGUGGAUUCGACCCGGUAUUUUACCGGAAAUUAUUACUAUAUCGGCACUUGUACACUUGCAAGUUCAGCCCGGUCAAGUUUUUGGCGCCGUUGCCGGGGAAACGGUCUUGUUUAAUAAAGUCCAAACAAUCAACCAAUCAAAAAUCCUGAAUUUAUUUUUCACAACUUCACUUGAUCUUGGAAGGAUUUUUUUUCUUGUGUAGAUAUUCCCUUGUGUUUGCAUGCAAUUGAGAGGUCAAGGUUCUAAAAUUCUUGAACCACUUGAUCUUGAAAUAGAAAAAACUUGCAAACACAUUCGAAGGGAGCAAAAAGCUACAAAGAUGUUGCCAACUUUGAAUGAGAGGAAGAGACCCGUGGUGGCCGCUACGCCGUCUUGCAUCACCUUGAGCGAGGAAGCAAGAGACUAUGAGCUAAGGCAAAGCUACUUCAACGCUAUGCCUCAUUUUCAUGGUUUGCUUGGGGAAAAUCCACUCAACUUCAUCACGGAGUUCUACGGAUUCAUUCAAGGAAUCCCUAGAAAUUAAAUGGCUUGGCGGAGGAUCAACUCAAGCUCAAAUGCUUCCCCUAUACUCUCAAAGGGGCGGCAAGAGGAUGGUUCCUAGAGCAAGCUCCGGCAAGCUACACAACAUGGGAAGGUAUAUACAAUGCCUUCAUGUCUAAAUACUACACGCCCACCAUGACUCAAGAGCUUAGACAACGCAUUUUCAAUUUCAAACAACAAAAUGGUGAGCUCUUUCAAGAUGCAUGGCGGCGUUUCAAAUCAUUGCUAAGGGAAUGCCCACAUCACCGCAUUCCCCUAGACCUUCAAAUUGACACGUUCUACAAUGGCUUGAAUGCAUCUUGUCAAGCCAUUGUGGACAACCGAGCCGAGGGCUAUAUUGGCAAAAGAAUGAAACUGAAGCACUCCGAAUCAUUGAAUCCAUUGCUUCGAAUCCUCAACUCCAAGGAGGUGAUUACAAAGUGGUCGGGAUUAAUGAAAUCUCUAUCACGACGGAGAUAAACAAAAGGCUUGAAGAAAUGGAAUCGAAGAUUGAGCAAAAGUUCCAAACGGCUCUACAAGCCGUAUUGGGAGGAGUCAAACGAAUAGCCAACGUGGAGAGCAUACCAAGCCCGGAAAGUGAUUUAUCUCAACAACUUGAAGAGGUAAAUUAUAUGAACUCUUAUGGGAAUCGGGGGAACAAUAACUAUUCAAAUCAACAAAGGUGGAAGCCACAAGCUAGUUCCUCACAACCCCAAUCCGGAGUACCUAAUUUUGGGCAACCCAAGGAGACUACCAUGGAGGAUAUGAUGCAAUUCAUGUCCAAAAGCAUGGCGAGCAUGAAGGCCCGAAAUGAGGAAAACCACCAUAGAGUGGAGGCAUCCAUUGGGAAUCUCCACUCUCAAUUCAACAAGUUGGAUCUUCGCUUUGAAGAUCAAAAUAUAAAGCUCAACCAACGCAUUGAUACCAUCGAACAAUAUACCAAGGCGUCCAUCCGGAAUCUUGAAGUUCAAAUGGGCAACUCGCUAAAAAAGUGAGUUCUAGAGAGCAAGGCAAAUUCCCUACAACUACGGAGGUAAACCCGAGGGAGAGCGUCAUGGCCAUUACCACAAGAAGUGGGAGACAAACGGAGGACCCCAAGAUGUCGGGGAGAAGAAAGAUACCGGAGAAACAAGAAGAGGUUUCACAUACACCGUUGGCACCUAUUAUGCCUCAAUAUGUUCCUCUCAUCCCCUAUCCACAAAAGUUGAAGAAGAAAGGAGAUGAGAAGAAACACAAGAAAAUUCUUGAUAUUUUCAAGAAAUUGAGCAUCAACAUACCUUUUGCGGAGGCCAUUGCGGAGAUUCCAUCAUACGCAAAAUUUCUCAAAGGCAUCAUCUCCAACAAAAAGAAGUUAGAGGAAUUCGCAACCGUGGCACUAACGGAGGAAUGUAGUGCUAUUAUUCAAAACAAACUUCCUCCAAAACUAAAAGACCCCGGAAGCUUCACUAUUCCAUGCUCUAUCGGAAAAGUCGGGGAGGUAAAGUCUCUUUGUGACCUUGGAGCUAGCAUAAAUCUCAUGCCCUACUCCCUAUUUAAAAAGCUAAGUGUGGGGGAACUCCAACCAACAACGGUUGCUUUGCAAUUAGCGGAUAGAACAAUCCGCUAUCCGAUAGGCAUCAUGGAGGAUGUCCUUGUCAAAGUAGGAAAAUUCUACUUUCCGGUAGAUUUUCUUGUUUUAGACAUGGAAGAAAUUGAGGUUCCCGUCAUCCUUGGGAGACCAUUUUUGGCCACUUCCGCAGCCAUCAUUGAUGUGCAAGCGGGCACCGUAAAGCUAAGAGUGGGAGGAGACAAUGAAACAUUCCAUGUAUGGAAAACACAAUCCAUACCAACUCAAAACAUGGAGGUCAACACAAAUCCUUUCAUCCCUCCCAAGGCCAUAAACAUCAUGAAGGCACAAAUAUUGAGGCCUGAGAGUCCUCAAACACACCACAGGAAUGAAAAGAAUGGACGGACAACUCCAUGGCCUCCCCACGAUCUCAAAAAGGUAACAUUCAUCAAACAUCUUCACAUGUAAAAAGGUACGUUGCGUCCGGCCUAUGACGUUAAACUGAGCACUAAUUGGGAGGCAACCCAACAAAUUCAAUUAUAAAUAAAUAUGUUUAGUUAAAUACAUAUUCAUAUUUAUUUAUAGUUGAAAACAAAAAAAAAACAAAAAAAAAAACAAAAAAAAACAAAAAAAAACAAAAAAAAAACAAAAAAAAAUCAUCGAUCUCAGCUCAGAUAUCAUGCAUCUCCUACUCUCACAAGACGGCCCAUUCCGCUAUUGAAGAUUUCAUCCUCCAUUGAAUCCUCCAAUGUACAUUGAGGACAAUGUAACUCAAGUGUGGGGGGUGUAUCUCAUGGUUAGUUAAACAAAUUUUGUGUGCAAAAUAAUAUUUUUUUAGGAAGGUAGAAGUUGUGAUAAUUCUCUUUUUAAUGGGUAUUUGGUUGAGAAAGUUUUUAUUAUUCACAUAAACUAUCAUUUUUUUAGAUUUAUUACACUACUUUUACUCUUGAAAACCAUUCCCAAAAUAAACCUUGUGACUAGGAAACAUCAUCUUCUUCCAUGUCCAAAAAUGGUUUAAGUACAUCUCGAAUAUUCAAGAACCAUUUUGGAAAACAAGCCACCCUCAUGUCUCAUCAAAUAAAUUGGGAUCAUCAAAAUGACUUUCAGAAAAUACUUGUUGAGAACCAAUUCAAAUGAGUUAUAAAAAAAAAAACUCAUGGUCUCUUCCAAGAAUUCCAACUGAUCCAAUUCUACACUGAAAAGUCAAAUCCACCAAAAAGCCAUCCUAAACACCCAAAAAAGUCCUAGUCACAAUCCACUCAUCUACUCUCAAGUGUAUAAGUAAAUUUUCUAAAUCUAAUGAUAGUUUUGUGUGUCUAAUAGAAAUUUGGUUUUAGACCGAGAAUGAUAAAGGAGUUUACAUAAUUUUAUACCUCCCUUAAAAAUAAAAUUAUUUUUGUGCAUAUAUUUUUGUUGAAACUAACCAAGGCAUCCAAGGUGAAGAAAUUGCUCGAGGACGAGCAAUGCUCAAGUGUGGGGGGAUUUGAUAGCCGUUAUAUUUACUUGUGUUUAACAUAAGUAUUUAUAAGUAUUUGUUGAAGAAAAGAAGAGAAAUCAGGCAAAUACCUCCAGAAUGAGAGCUUGAUCAUAAAACAUUGCGAUGAACGACUUUUUGGACCAAGAGAAUGACGUUUUGCCCAUAAUUUGAGUAUAACGUAUUCUAUAGAACUCGAAAUCACUCGAUUCGAGUUUCAUGUGAAUGCUAACUCAAUAAGGUACAAAUGUUAUGAAGACGUCAUGACCAAAAUAUGAAAGGAACAAGACUCAAUCAACCAACAAAGUCAGAUGUUGCUGGUGGGAUUUCAGGAUGCAUACCUCUCAGUGUUUUAUCCAUAUCUCUUGAUUGGCUGAAUAAAAUCAUGUCAUUCAAGUUUUGUUGGAUAGAAGACUUCAUUAUCUACAACUUUGGUGAAGGAAUCAUGUCCAAAUUCGUAGCGGAACAUCCCCAAAAUCCCAGGACAAAACCGGCACCGGAAUUUGCACCAAACCGGCGCCCGUUUGUUGAUUUUCACAUGUACACAAACCAGUAGCUUACCCGGCGCCGGGUAGGCCUUAUACCCGGCGCCGGGUAGGCCAAAAUUUCAGAUUUCCCUGCGCACAAUGAAGAAUCGGCGCCGGGUAGGCCUGAACCCGGCGCCGGGUAGGUCUGAUCCUGCAAAUACAAAAGAACGUGCUGAAAUAUUUUGAUGGAAAAAACUCACCUUCCUCAUGAGCUAAUCAAAUAUAUCUUCCAUGCUUGAUUGUUGGGCUCGAAUAGACUAAUAUAUGUCAAUCUUUAGCCUAUAUAAAGCCCCCAAUUCAUCAAACAAGAGCAUCAUUCCAUCUUUGGAGCUAAAAAUUCAGUUUUUAUAUUUCCUUUUUACAUUUUCUUGAAGUGUUGGAGAAGAAGCCAUUUCUCUCCUCUACAAUUGGUUCUAGGUAUUAUUUCUUGUAUGUUAUUGUAUUUCCUUUAUCUUAGUUACACUUUUGUAAUUAAUAUGAGCAUUAGAGGCUAAGUUCUUAGCUAAGGCUAGGGAUGAACUUCUAUGCCCACUAGGUGUUUGAUAAAAGUUCUAAACCAAUAAAUUGUGAUUUAUCCUUUACAUUUUGAUUGUUUAUGACUAUGGUGUACAACAUAGAAGUAUGUUAAACUUAGUUUAUGCUUGCAAUUAACGUUGAGGUCUAAACUAUGAACAUUAAAGGAUAAACAUAUAUAUUACCGAGAAUAGAAAUAUAUCCGGUAUUAUAUGAUACGGGUGUGAUGUCUUGAUAUUCAACGGGGUUUUCGGUAGAUGAGUGUAAGCCGUAACGGGACUUACACGUAACAAAAACCACGCUCUCGCUGCCUUAACCGGAGUUGAGAAUAUAUUAGCGACAUCGUAUUCAUAAUUUUUGGUAAAGAACUAAUAUUCAACCCUAUUAAAGCAUUUAAGUGAUUCCCGAAGCCUUAGUUGUUGUUAUCAAUCACUUUAAUCAAAUUAAUUUAAGUUAUAUCUCUGAAAAUUAAAAAGAAGAAUCAAGUUGUUGUUUUCACAACAACACACAACUCAAAAUCCCUGCACUUUACUCAUUUAUUUAUUUAAAGUUAUCUACUCUCGGACUAAAUUAAACAACGUUUCCCUGUGGAUUCGACCCGGUAUUUUACCGGAAAUUAUUACUAUAUCGGCACUUGUACACUUGCAAGUUCAGCCCGGUCAGGUACAAUGACCCUCGGCUUUGCCCGUCACCCAGCCUCUAAUUAUUAAAUUAAAAUGUCGGUGGAAGCUCAUCCCCGAGCUUCGCUCGCCAAUAUUUAUUUCGGGACAUUUUAAUCCCUAAUAAAUAAUGGUGAUAGCAAAUAAUAAUACUACUCACUAUCAAAAUUUAAAUGUAUCGUAUGGGGUACUUAGCUUUUGGAGAUCGAUGGACGUUCGGCCAGUUGGGAUUUUACGAAGCUUGAUUUGGUUCCUUUUGGCAAUUUUGACUUGGACAAAAUUUUCUAGCUAUGAGUUUCCCAAGUUCCAAACUUUGAUAUAGACGUUCUGCCACAGUGAUAGCCUUUACAGGCUUCAAGAUAUACGCUCGGCCAGGAGAUUGGAAGUCAGAUCUGCUCCCCAUUGUCAAUUUGACUUAGUCAACGUUAGCGAUCAUAGGCCCAGGCUUCCUUCAACCUUUCGCCUGGCUCACUAGCCGCGUUGAGAGGGGAUUACGCUCUUCUACCACAGGCCUUGCCACCGAGCGUCGUCAAAAAAUGUGCAGCCGCCGGUGAUGGACGAGCUGCGAAAGGUGAGGCGAGCAUCAGCUGGCCUUAGCGGUCGUCCGAGCUGAGGCCGGUCUAGGAACCGUAUGGCGAUGAGAGCCCGGUGGCGUAUAUGAGCCAGACGGCCAGAGCUGAACGGCUUCUGCAAUGCAGGCUUGGAGCGGAGUCCUCUGAUGGACCGGCUAGUUGGGUAUUCUUGAGAUGGGGACGAGCAGCUGUCGGGGUAGAUUACGCUGUCGGGCGGCGAGCAACAUGGUGCCCAAGUUGACCCCUAUUGUGUGUUGAAAACAUGGAGGCAGCGGGGCCGUGCGGCGCUGCAUGCCGAAGGUGGCCGUUCGACGGAGGGUAGAUACACUUGACGUACGUCCGGGAUUUGCCUGACAUUAAGUUUACAGAUUAUCAAUUCCUUUUGUUGAAUUAAACUGAAAGUCAACAUUGGGUCCCCAGGUUCCAUCAGUCCAUCGGCUAGUAAAUUGAGCAACCUGGAACGACUUCGCUAUGACUACGGGCUGAGGAGGGAGAUUGUCCGAACAGGUCAGGCGGGUCAGGAGAAGGUUUCGGUCUUGAUUCUUGACUCGAGAUCUUAUACGAAGGGUUUAGUACGGGUGAAGGGUUCGAAGGGUUAUCAAGCUAAGGGGAUUGGGAUCGGCGAUCUUCUGGUUUGAAGUUUUCCGAAAUAGUUAGUGUAGCGGCCAUGAGGUUUGCGGUGUGAGAGUUGUAGGGCAUGACGGUGAAGAUGAUGACUGCACGUGGUUAUUGGGGAUCACGUGUGGGACGAGGAGAGUUGCAUGGGUUUUGAAUAGGCCACCGUUUGAUCGACAAUGGAGGAUCAACUAGUGAGGUACCAAUAGAACGGCCUCCUCCUGAACCACCGUCAUGGGUUGUGCGAGAGGCUAGAGUCCGUGAAAGUUUUCCAAUAAAUUUUUAUUAUUUCGUCAUUUGAUUUCUUGUUGUCAUCUUUGUUGCUAGGUUUGUCGGUUUGUUUGGGAAUUUAGCCUGGUUUUAUGUCUUUGAGUAUGUUUGGAUCUAUGGGAACAUGGAUGGACGUGUCAAGCCUGUUACUUGGUUAGCGAUUCGGGUUGCUGAGGUGACCGUUUCUAAGUCUGAUCAUAGCAUUUACAAUCGUAAUUGUUGGAGUCUAGUAGUUGGUGUCAGUUUUGUUCUUCCUUUGAUUGAUGUAAUGAUCCUGAAACUCAUGAUAUAAAAGGCUUUAUUUCGAUGAUAAAAAAAAGUAUUGAUUUUUAACUGUGGAAGCCAUAGGCUUCUCGCUCCCUAGGAACUUUGUGAGAGCCGCCACCAAACGUGGUUUCAUCGAGGAAUUUUGACGGCGAUUCAUGGGUGUGUUAUUAUUGUUAUUAUUGUUAUUAUUGUUGUUAUUGUUGUUAUUGUUAUUGUUAUUGUUAUUGUUAUUGUUAUUGUUAUUGUUAUUGUUAUU